GUGUGUGGUGUGCAUACCUGUAAUAAUAGGCGUAGCUAUAGCAAUGGCAAUGCUACACUCCGCGGCCGUGUAGUGCUCUCAUGGAGGACCCGGUCCGCGCCCUGCCGCCACUCUCCCGCGCCGAGUUCGCCCGGCGGGGCUUUGUUGUGCUGCGCGCGCCCAUCAUAAGUCGCGACUACUGCGACCUGCUCAACGCCCGGCUCGAGAAGCUGCUGCGCGGCGAGUACGACGUCCCGGGCGGCGCGCCGGACAAGGUGCCCGCGUUUCGAACGGAAACGCGGACGAAGCCUGGCAAGAAGCCGCCGCCCCUCGGCGGGCCGUCGUCCCGGACGCUGCAGGUGAUCAACUGCUGGAAGGCGGACGCCGCCUUCGCCGCGCUCGUGCGGUCGCCCACGCUCGGGCGGGCCGUGGCGGAGGUCAUGGGGUGGCGCGGGGCCCGGGUCGCGAACGACCAGGCGUGGGGCAAGCCGCCCGGCGCCGCCGCGCUCACCUUCCACCGCGACUCGCCGUACUUUGACUUCGUGCCGGCCGCCGUCGCGACCGUCUGGAUCGCGCUCGACGCCAUGACCGAGGAGCUGGGGCCGCAGGAGCCCGCGUGGAACUCGACGAUCCCGGGAAUAUUUUCGAGAGACCUCGCCAGCCGUCGCGCCGUCGAGCAGACGCGCUCACGGGGACACGCGCGCGGGGCUCCUGAAAUGUCAGCUCCACACAGGCUGGAGUACGUCGAGGGUUCGCACGCGUGGGGCGACGGCCGGGUGGGCUCGGCCGAGCAGUUCUUCGAUAGCCGCGACCCGACGGCGCUGCUGUACGACGCGGCGCGCCGCGAGCUGUGUGGAAAUCAAAAUUUUACGGCGCGUUCGACGCGACGCCUGCUCGAUGGCGUGGCGAUGCCGGUUCCUCGCCGCUCGACCGAGCCAGGACAGCCGCGUCAUCGCCGAGAAAUGACUUAGUGAAGAAUUGUCGGGUGCACCCGACACACUGGUUGAUUUCCACACAGGCCGCGAGGGGAUCGCCGCGCCGGAGGCGUCGCUGGUGGUCGAGAGGCUCGACGUGCCCGCCGGCGGCGCCGGCAUCCACAACGGGCGGCUCUGGCACGGCAGCGGCAGGAAUCGGUCGCGCACGCAGCCGCGGCGAGGGCUCGGGAUCCACUUCGUGCCCGCCGACGCCCGAUUCCGGGACGCCGAGAACGGCUACGAGACGCUCGCUCACCGUUUCCGCGACCCGUCGGGGGGCAACGCGCUCCCAGACCACGCCUUUCCGGUGACGUGGACGAUGUGAAGGAAGUGAAGUAAUUUUUAUGUGCCAGUAUC